CGGGCGGCGGGCGGGAAGCGAACUACCGGCGCCCGGGAGGAAGCGGGGGCGGCAGGGCCGGGUCUGGGAGCGGGGCCGGGGCCCGGGAGCGGGAUGCGGUGGCGGCCGGUGUGGCCGCCUCGCUGCUUUGGGGCGACGCCAUGCACCCGGCCGUGGCGGUGGGGUUGGUGUUCGGCGGCUGCUGUAGCAACGUGGUGUUCCUGGAGCUGCUGGCCAGGCAGUUUCCAGGAUGUGGGAACAUAGUGACAUUCUCCCAGUUCCUAUUCAUCGCAGUGGAAGGCUUUAUCUUUGAAGCCAACUUUGGGAGGAAGAGGCCAGCCAUACCAAUAAGGUACUAUUUUAUCAUGGUGGCCAUGUUCUUCACUGUCAGUGUGGUGAAUAACUAUGCCCUGAACUUAAACAUUGCCAUGCCACUGCACAUGAUCUUCAGAUCAGGCUCUCUCAUAGCAAGCAUGGCUCUAGGUAUCAUCAUUUUGAAGAAAAGAUACAGCGUAUCUAAAUACACGUCCAUAGCCCUGGUGUCCGUGGGGAUCUUUACCUGCACUUUCAUGUCUGCCAAGCAAGUGGCAUCUGACUCCAGCUUAAAUGAAGAGGAUGGACUCCAGGUUUUCUUGUGGUGGCUGCUAGGUAUUGCUGCGCUCACCUUCGCCCUCCUCAUGUCUGCCAGGAUGGGGAUUUUCCAGGAGACUCUCUACAAGCAGUUUGGGAAGCACUCCAAGGAGGCCCUUUUUUACAAUCAUGCGUUACCACUCCCUGGCUUUCUUCUCCUUGCCCCAAACAUCUACCACCACGCAGUCCUCUUCAGCCAGUCUGAGCCGUUCCAGGUCCCGGUGAUCGGGCUGACCUUGCCAAUCAUGUGGUUCUACCUCCUCAUGAACGUCAUCACUCAGUACGUCUGCAUCCGAGGCGUCUUCAUCCUCACCACGGAGUGCACCUCCCUCACCGUCACGCUGGUGGUGACGCUGCGCAAGUUCGUCAGCCUCAUCUUUUCCAUCCUCUACUUCCACAACCCCUUCACGGCCUGGCACUGGCUGGGAACUGCCUUUGUCUUCGUGGGGACUCUCAUGUACACGGAGGUGUGGAACAGCCUCGGGCCCUUCCUGGCCCGCUGGAGGAAGAGGCCAAAGGAGGAGUGACAGCCAGGGACUCUUUGCAGUGACCUUUUUAUUGUUUUAUAGAGCAGAGCAGCAGGGAAUCCCCCAGAAGGGGGUUUAUUUAUAACAUGGGGGAGGUGUUGGCUGUGCCAAGCUCCUGGGAAACGUGGAGCCACCACUGGGAACUUACCUGAAAUGGAUCAUGGAGAAACAAUACGGUUAUUUUUGCAAGGUUGCAUUUCUUUUUAUGCAACCCCUUUUGCUUCCAACCUCUCCCCCAGUUGUUUUUUUUUUUUUUGUUUGUUUGUUUGUUUGUUUGAAUAACCCUUUUUAAGUAAUGUAAAAGCUGACCGAGUUCUCUUAGGAGCCCAACCUUGUUGAGGUGCUGUUGUCCACUCCUCCCAGCUUUGAUGAGCUGGACCCUGAGCCUGUUUGGUGCCGUCCUUUAAUGUCCAGGUGGCCGUAGCGGAUAGCUGAGCCCCGGGGAACUGCUGUUAGUGCAGUUAGUUACACUGGAAAUGCCAGGGCUGGCUGUUAACCUGAGUCCUUGGUGCCUGCUCCCACCACCUGUGCUGGGAGGGUGUCAGAUACACCUGUAGCAGGAGCCUUCCAGUCUGCCCAGUAGAUCUUCCACUGGGAAAUGGCUCAGGGGGUCGAUUCCCAAGCCGCCAAGCCCCCACCACUAGUAGCAGAGCCUGCUUGGGAGCCUGAGGAAACCAAAAAGGGCUGAUGCUAAGGGACAGACAGUGCCACCGUGUCACCUUCACAGCCUUCUCAGGGAGAUGGUGAAGUGCUGUUGAGGCUUCGCUGAGUCCUCGGAUGUUGCCCCGAUAAUUCACCAGCUGGAAGGUUUCGGGGGUUCCUCCUGCUGUGGUUAGAUCCUCAGUGCAGGUCACUUUUCAAUCACUUUCUACUUUUUUUUUUUUUUUUUUUUUUUCCCCCCUCGUGACAAGCGUGUGCAGUGGGCUUCGUUACCAGCCGCAACGAAGUGUGCUGAGCCCCCCACUGUGCCUCUGGUCCCCCCAGAUCCAGCCCAACCUCAGGGUUCAAAUGAUGCCAAGAGACUUAAGAAGGGCCAGUACAGCUGAGCUUAUUUCUGCUCCUGGGGCGGGGGGAAGGGGGCGUCUUGCUUUUACCAUCCCUUCACUCUCUUCUCUUUCCUUUUCCUUCUCCCACCCCUUGAGCAUCAGCUUCACUCGUGGCAUUUCUGUGCAUCCUGCAGCAUCCACCCAGCACAGGACGGGUGUCCCUUAGUGUCACCUCUCUCCUGGGGCAGCAGUGGCCUCCGGGAGCUCCAGCUCUGUGUCCCAGCGAGGUGAGGAGCAGCAGCUCUUCUAGGAGCAGCUCGGUGUUGGGCAGAGCAAGGCUUAGCAUGCAGCCUUGGGUCGCUCUCAGCGCAGCUCAGUUUUUCUGGAGCACCUUGGUUUUCCUCAUCCCGAUACCGUCCCCGCUCAGCCGGGAUAAUUGAGGCAUCCAGCAACGUCGACCUGAUUGGCCAAGUAAGGGUUGUACUCUGUUAUUCUUCCACCCAACGUCCCCAUGGCUUCCAGCCUCGGUGUUUACAGCCCCUCCAAUGUUUAAACCAGUGGUUGUGGUGGGGUAACCCCGGCCAGCCACGGAGCGCCACGCGGCUGCUCACUGUUCCCCACAGUGGGACGACUGGGGAGGGGGGAACGGGAAGAGCAAACCCGAGAAAACGUGUGAAUAAAGACGGUUCAGAGUAAAGAUGGUUUAAUAGCAAAGGAAAGAGCAAGAGGGUGGGGGGAGAAGAGUGCUGCAAAGGCAACCACCAGCCCAGCCAGUCCCCAUGCAGUGGCCACCUGCCCCAAAAACCCCUCCCCUCUGUUUUUCUUGCUGAUUUUUCUCCGUAUCAGUUGUCCUGGCUGUGCUCCUUCCCAGCUUCUUGCCCACCCAUGGGCUAGUCAUGGAAAAACGGGAAAGUCUUGAUGCUGUGCAUGAGCUGCAACACCGGGGUGUUGUCAGUGCUGUUUUAGCCACAAACCCAAAGCCCGGCACCAUACCAGCCGCUACGGAAAAAGUUAACUCCAUCCCAACCGGAGCCGGUGUGCUGCCGACGGGACCUGCAGCUCGCUCCUGCCUGAGAUGCUGAAGAGUUUUCCCUUCUGAGCUUUCCUGAGCCUGAAAAAAAACAAACAAAACCCUUUUGUGUGUCAGACACGGGAUGUUUUCAGGGAUUUUGUAGAUGGAGAGACUGUUUCCCAACAGCUGCUGCGGCACCUAGUGCAGGUCAGCGCUCGGUUCCGGCCGUUUGCACCAGCACCGGGAAGGACCCAGAAAGAGGCAAAACUUUUAUCCCUCACCUUGAUCUUCAAAGCUUCGCGGAGCUUCGGCUGAGACAGGGAGGUAGGCGACACAAAUAUCAGCUCACUGAGUAACUGGUGGGGUUCAUCAAUGUUUAAAACACGCGGGUGUAACCCCAGGCUGCCCGGCCGUGGCGGUGGGUGCUGCAGCCCUGGGCUGGGGAUUUAAGCCAAGCAACAGCUGAGCUGGUGCCUGAGGGCGUGUAACGUGCUGUACCGAGCCUCCUCGCUCUUCCCAUCGAGAAAAUUGCACGUGGUCUCCAAUCCCUGUGCGACGCUGGCAGGUUUGGGGAUGUUUGGAUUCCUCUUUUUUUUUUUUUUUUUUAACUGUGUGCUCUACAUGGUCAUCACUCGAAUCCGGUGUCAACAGGGGGUUAGUCAUUGUUGUCAGGGAUAUGGUUUUUAACUUUACAGGGUGCUCUGUGCGUUUCUGAGUAUUUAGAACUGCUGCAGCGAUUCCCUUCCUGCUGUAGGAGAGCGGGUGAGCUUGCCCAGUUGUGAGGUGGAGGCCAGGUCCAAGCAGAAGGGCCCCGUUAACCAAAACUAGUAUUUGAAUCCAGGACUCCCUCCCAAAGUGGGGCUGAUGAUUUGUUUGGUUUUCAUGUUUGCUGUCAAGAUAAUAGCGCAUAUUUUUUAGCAGAGGCCAGGAAAAGGGGUGAGCCGAGAUAUUUUUGAUCCAUGUUCUGGAUUUGCAGAGCUUUUAGGUUGGCUGGUUGGGUUUAGGGUGGUAUUUGUUGUUGUGUUGUUUUUUUUUUUUUAAAAAAAAAAACAGAAUAAAUAUGUGUCCUCUUCAAAG